AUGGAGAUCAAACAGAAAUCAAGCGUCCAGGUGCCCCGUGAACUGCCCGCCAUGUUCCGCCCACCCGUCAACCGGGCCAUGCGGACCCUCGACCGGUCAUUCUUCCGCAAGACGAUUCCCCUCGCGACGGCCAAGGUCUUCCAGAAAUCCGAGAUUGCGCGCGUGCGCAAGGAAUUGGGCGCAUCGAAAGAUCUGUUGGUUAUCCCGCGCCUGUCGGGCGUGCAGGAUUUCAAGGAGGCGGAUGGCUCGGUCCUGAAAUCGCUUUUGCUGCGGGAGGAUCUCAUGCACAAUGAUAAGUCAACGUGGUCCCCCAAGGUGACCGAGCUCGUGGAGAAGGGAACUGUGGCUGUUGCACCUUACGAACUGACACUGGAUUACGACUUUUGGAGCUAUGCCGAUAUUAUGAACGCCAUUCUGCCGGAGCAGGAGAACCAAGAAGUCCCUCAAGGGUUCACGCAAGUGGGGCACGUGGUCCAUCUGAACCUGCGCGAGCAUUGGCUUCCUUUCAAGCACUUCAUUGCCGAGGUGCUCAAGGAUAAGAAUCCUACCGUUCGGACGGUUAUCAACAAAACCGAGGAUGUUGGCUCGACCAGCCAAUUCCGCACAUUCCCCUUUGAACUGCUGGCCGGUGACAAUGACCUGAACGUCGUGCAGCACGAGCAAGACUGCGAAUUCCACUUCGAUUACUCCCGCGUGUACUGGAAUAGCCGCCUUGAGACCGAGCACCGCCGACUCGUCGAGAAGUUUCAACCGGGGCAGAUGGUCUGCGACGUGAUGGCCGGCGUUGGGCCUUUUGCUGUGCCUGCCGGGAAGAAGAGAAUCUUUGUCUGGGCCAAUGACCUGAACCCACACGGAUAUGAAGUGAUGAUGGAUGCUGUCCAGCGCAACAAGGUCAAGGACUUUGUCACUCCCUUCAACUCGGACGGUCGGGAUUUCAUCCGCAAUUCCGCUACGCAGCUCCUCGAAUCCGAUCCCGUCGCUGUGGAAAUCCACCCCAAGGUGCGGAGGGAUAGGAAGAGAAAGGCGGACGGGAGCCAAGACCCCCAGCCGCCGGCGAAGGUAUAUAACCGGCCUUCUGUGGUCGACCACUACGUGAUGAACCUGCCCGCCACCGCCAUUGAAUUCCUCGACGCCUUCCAAGGCUUGUAUACUGGCAAGGAAGCUCACUUUGCGCCGCAGACUUCCCAACAACUCCCCAUGGUGCAUGUGUACUGCUUCUCCGGUCAUUCGGAAAAUGAAGUGGAUGACCACGCGAACAUCUGCGAGCGUAUCUCGGAGCGCAUUGGAUACAAGAUCACCCCGGAAGAUCGUGUAGAUGGCAGUGGAAAUGCGGCGAUCGAGCUUAACAUUCAUAACGUGCGGCUGGUCAGCCCGAAGAAGCAGAUGUUCUGCGCCAGUUUCCGGUUGCCGCCAGACGUCGCGUUCCGCAAAGUAUAG